AUGAAGUACAUUUUGAUUAGUACUCUUAUAAUUAGCUUAUUAAGUUUAUUAUUCAGCCCAGUUAACUUACUUGCAUAUAUAGGUAUGUUCCUUUGUUUUACACUAUCGGCAUUAGGAACAGCAAGGGGUAUCUUAUCUAUAUCAAAAUAUGUAAGUGGUGCAUCAAUAUUAGCGCCCCAUGUGGGCACGAAAUCAAUUCUAGGCACAGUGGUAUGUGAGGCAAAUUUUUUAACGGGUAUUAUCACCUGUGUAAUGAUUAACAAUACUUUAAACUUAAAUAUUGAUAAAGAACUAAGUGACAAGGCUCAUUAUAUUUAUUUUUCUUCAGGUUUAUUUGUUGGGAUUUGUAAUUAUUACUCUUCAGAAGCUACUGGUUUAAUCUGUGCAGUUAUAAGUAUGAUGGAUGCUAAAGAUCCUUCAUUAUUUUAUAAGAUUGUUAUUCUGGAAAUUAUACCAGCAAGCAUUGGUUUGAUAGGUUUUAUCAUGGGAAUUGUUUUAAACAGUAAAGCACCUUUCUUUGAUUUAGAAAAUUAA